GGGGCGGGGGGGGCCGCCGCCAUGGCCGCGCUGUUCGGCGGCGUGGAGGGGGGGGGCACCCGCUCCCGGGUGGUGCUGGUGGCCGGGGAUGGCCGGAUCCUGGCCGAGGCGGAGGGGCCCUGCACCAACCACUGGCUGGUCGGCGCCGCCACGUGCGUGGAGAGGAUCCAGGAGCUGGUGAGCGAGGCCAAGCGCGAGGCCGGCGCGGACCCGGCUGUGCCCCUUCGCUCGCUGGGGCUGUCCCUGAGCGGGGGGGACCAGGAGGAUGCCGUCGCCCUGCUGCUGGAGGAGCUGCGGCGCCGCUUCCCGCGCCUGAGCGAGAGUUACCGCGUCACCUCCGACGCCGUCGGGGCCAUGGCCACCGCCACCGACCGCGGUGGCAUCGUGCUGAUCUCGGGCACCGGCUCCAACUGCAAGCUCGUCAACCCCGACGGCUCGGAGACGGGCUGCGGCGGGUGGGGGCACAUGAUGGGCGACGAAGGCUCCGCCUACUGGAUCGCGCACCAGGCGGUGAAGGUGGUCUUCGACUGCAUGGACAACCUGGAGGCGCCGCCGCACGACGUGGGGCACGUCAAGCAGGCCAUGUUCGAGUACUUCCAGGUCUCGGACAGGAUGGGGCUCCUGACCCAUCUCUACCGCACCUUCGAGAAGGCCAAGUUUGCGGGGUUUUGCCAGAAGCUGGCAGCGGGUGCCCAGGCUGGGGACCCGCUGUGCUGCCACAUCUUCGACAAGGCCGGGGAGGUGCUGGCUCGCCACGUGGUCGCCGUGCUGCCCAAAAUCCAUGAGAGCCUGUUCCAGGGGGAGCUGGGGCUCCCCAUCGUCUGCGUGGGCUCGGUCUGGAACAGCUGGGAGAUGAUGAGGGAAGGAUUUGUCCGGGUGCUGGCACAGGCCCGGGGGGAGCGUCCCGGGGGCCCCUUCACCCACUUCAGCCUCCUGAAGCUGAGGCACUCGUCGGCGCUGGGGGCGGCCAGCCUGGGGGCGAAGAGCAUCGGCCAGGCGCUGCCCCUGGACUACGCCAGCAACGUGGACGUCUUCUACAGCCACCGCUUCUAGCCGGGGGAGCCGCCGCCGCCGCGCUGGGGCCCGGUGCCUGCUGCGCACGGAGGAGCCGGGGUUUUGUACGAGUGCGCUCCGGAGCGCCGCAAUAAAAGGAAGGAAGGGGCAGA